AUGGGGUGCGCCCGCUCCAAGCUCGACGACAAUGAGGCCGUGGCCCUGUGUAAGGACCGCUUCAACCUCCUCUCCGAGGCCAUCCAGCUCCGGUACGGCCUCGCCGACGCCCACGCGGAGUAUCUCAUGUCUCUGCGUCGCGUCGGCGAAUCCCUCCAUAAAUUCUUCGACGAGCAGCACUUUCUCUCUCAUCCCUCUCCGAUCCUCACCCUCCCUACCCAGAGGAAGGGGGAUCCCAUGCCCCCCCUCUCUCCUAUUCCCGCUCCUCAGCCACCAGCCGCCACCGCCGUCGGCCACCAUCUCUCCCGAUCCAACUCCGGCUCCCACCUGCACUUGGACCCAUCUGAUUCAGAUUUCUCCGACGACGAUGACGAUGGCCCCCUCCACUCUGUAAACUCUUCCCCCACGGGCGGCGGCGGCGGGGCCAAAACCUAUGUCAGCUACGCGAAGAAGGUCUCGGCGGGGCCGGUCGUUUCCUAUGAGAUGCCGCCGCCGGCGAGCCCCGAGGUCGUCAAGGUAGGGGAACCUUCCUUCGACAGCAAUCCUUACCUUGCGCAGGGCUCCGACUAUGGCGUCAAUCCGUACUAUUAUCCGCCUUACUCGACUGAUGGCGGGAUGGGUAGCAACUUCUUCGGUGGCUCCUCGCCGCCGCCGCCGGCUGCGGGUCCUUCCUCCGCCGCCGCGUCCUCUUCAGCUCAGCCGCCGCCGCCUCCCUCUCCGCCGACGGUGUCGGGCUGGGACUUUCUGAACCCGUUCGAAUCCUACAAUAAUUACUACGCCUACACGCCCAGCAGGAGCUCCAAGGAUGUGAGGGAGGAGGAGGGGAUUCCUGAUCUGGAGGACGAGGAAACCGAGGUCAUAAAGGAAGCUUACGGCGAUCAGAAACACAUCGCCGCCGCUUCCUCAUCUGCUCAGGUGGAGAUCCCAUCUUCCCGCAGGGCUGAGAGCGCCGUCGAGGAGAAAGCUCUCAACCAGGCCGGCCCUAGCGGCGGCGACAGAGAGGAUGAGCCGACUCCGGCGGACGAAGCUCAGAAGGGACUGCCAAUGGAGGUCGCCGGCAAGAAGCCGGUCCCCCAGUCUCGAGCUGCCUCCGAGGUGGCGCGGGAGAUAAAGGUCCUGUUUCUCAGAGCUUCUCAGUCCUGCGAUGCGCUCUCAGGGAUGCUGGAGGUGGACAAGCGGCCAUACCACCGGAAGAAGUAUGGAGGGGUAUCUUCGAGAGUGAUGAGCGCCAUCGUCCCCACCAUGUCCCUGACCUCGGGGAACUCUGCUAGAAACGGAGAACCAGAGGGCAACGAAGAGGUGGUGAUGGAGUCGGUGAGCCUCUCCUCGACACUGCAGAAGCUUUACAUCUGGGAAAGGAAGCUCUACGAGGAAGUCAGGGUACGCUGAGGAGGCUCUCUCCAUCUUCUUCCUCAAUCUCCUGUAGCAGGUUCACUCCCGUUGUUGGCUCAUGCUGGUUUCGCCUGGUGCAUGCAGGCUGAGGAAGAGAUGAGAUUGCUCCUUGAACGGAAAUCCAGGCUGCUGAAACGCUUGGACGACAAGGGCGCGGAGGACGACAGGAUCAACGCCACCCAGGCGAAGGUGAAGAAGCUGUCGACGAGGAUCGGGGUGGCAAUUCAAGUCGUUGACUCCAUCUCGAGAAAGGUCAGCGCGCUGAGGGACGAGGAACUGUGGCCGCAGCUCAACGAACUGAUCCAAGGGUAUACUUCCCAUCCUCCUCUGUUCAUACUCUUGAGCGUUGACUCCUGAGCCUUGCUCCGCUGGAUGCAGUUUCGUGAGGAUGUGGAGGGCAUUGAUGGAGUGCCACAAGAGCCAGUGGGAGGCCGUCAUCGAGUCCAGAAGCUUGGACGCCGCCGCCGCCGCCGCCGGUGGCGGUAACCCCGGCGCGGCGAGGGAGCUCGAGCUUGAGCUCCUCGCCUGGAUCGAACGGUUCUGCUCCUGGUUCAACACCCAGAAGAAGUUCGCGGCGGCGCUGAACGCCUGGCUCUUGAGGAUCAUCCGCGAUGAACCGGAGGUGACCGCUGACGGCGUCGCCCCCUUCUCCCCAGGAAGGCUCGGAGCUCCGCCCGUGUUCGUCGUCUGCAACCAGUGGUCGCAGGCCAUGGAGAACACCUCCGACAGGGAGGUGGUGGAUGCGAUGCAGGCCUUUGCCUCGAGCGUGCUUCAACUCUGGGACCAGCGGCGGCAGGCCGAGCAGCCGGCGGCGGGGGGUAAAGACCAGGCGCGGAAGCUCAGAGCCUGGGAGAAGGACGAGCAGGCGGUUCAGGGGGCGGUGGCGGCGCUAAACAGGAAGCUGUCCGUCAUCACCAAUCCGAGGGGGAUCCAUAUUUACGGCGAGAUGCUGCAUCAGGGCCACGCCCUCAAGCCGCUCAGCCUCCACGAGGACCUGCGGCAGAUCUUCGACGCCAUGGAAAGGCUCGCCGACUCCUCCGUCAGGAUCUACGAUGGGCUUCUCAUCUGCGCCCGGACAGAGCAGGAGAGGGCGGCCAGAGGCCAUGGGAGAGAUCCGCCAUAG